CCAGUGUACCCAGCUAACCCAGCAUCCUGGAUGCCAUACUGGGCUCAACCUCCAUGCCCGUACCCAACUGCUCCACUUUGGCAGCCCACUGCACCACCUCGAGGCCCAUCUGCUGGACGUCCUCGUCAAGCCCAGCAGCGACGCUCUUCAAUUCUUGGACAGGCCCAUGCGUACGCUGUGCCUUCAGUUGAAACACUACAGCCCAGUGAUUUUGCGGAAGCCUACAGUUCAUUGAGCUUACAGCCACCAGAUGAAACGUUCUACAUGGACACUGGUGCGACAUCCCAUAUCACCGCGGAUCCAGGAUUUGAAUUCGAGGACGAUCCUUCUUCGCUGUGAUAGCUCUGGGGAACUUUAUCCUCUCAC